UUUUUUUGUUGAUUAUAUUGCAUUUUAAAGGAGAGGGGUGGGAGAUUGACGAUAAAUUUUAAGAGAAAAGGUAUAGAUAGAUUAAAUUUGAAAGCAAAGCAGCAACAUAUCAUAAUCAUCAUCAACAUAUCAACAAGCGGAGUCGGUGUUAACGGCAGUUUAUUUUUAAGUAUAAGGAACGAUUUAUAUUUAUGGUGAGAUGAUGUUGAUAAGGCGAGAAUUUGGCUGAAAAUAAAAAAAAAGAGGGGGGAGAGAUUGGGGGUUUUAAAGGGGGAAAGGUGUGGUAGUAAGUGAUUGGUGGGCCGGAUGGAUGGGCAAAAAUUUAUAUAUUUUAGAUAGAUAGAGAGAGUAAACGGGGGGAUGGAUGUUGGAUAGGGGGAGAGGGAGGGAAGGGGAAGGGGGAAGAUGUUGUUUGUAUUUGUGUGACGGUGAUGGCCGAGAAGUUAAAGAAGAAAAAGAAGAAGAACAGCACCACAACCAAAAUCUCAUUAACUUUUGCUCCCCCCUUUUUUGUUCUUCUAAUUCUUUUUCUUUCCCAUUUUUUAAUCGCUUAAGAUUGGAUCCACCUUUUCUUCCCAUUUUUCUCCUUUCUCUUUCAUUUUCAUUUUUUGAUAUAAAUUUAAUGCCUUGA